AUGGCAAUUGACCCCAUCGAGAUGGACUCUGGAAUUUCAGCACCAGAACUGGAAAAUAACAACACAGUCCAAAUAACUGGAGAAGAUAAGCAACGUAUCUACUAUCCCUGGAGAUUCUCUUUAAUAAUCAAACUACAAGAGAAAAAAAUUCUCCAUCAGGUACUCAAACGGAAAAUAACUGAUUUAUGGAAACCUUCUGAAGCUUUUCCUCUUAUUGAUUUGGGAGAAGGCUACUACACAGUAAAGUUCAACAAAGAAGAGAACAUGGCAAUAGCCUUACAAAAAGGGCCCUGGUUCAUCUUUGGGGCUUUUCUAUCAGUACAGCGAUGGGAACCUAAUUUCGUGCCAUCAAGAGCAAUACAAACGCUAACAGCAAUAUGGGUAAGACUACCUGAGCUACCCAUAGAAUUCUACGACGACAAGAUUCUUGCCAAGGUUGGUAACAAAAUAGGGCGUCUGCUCAAGGUGGAUACAUGUACCUCCGCAGCCCUUCGUGGUCGUUAUGCCAGAAUAUGUGUUGAAUUACCUUUAAACAAACAGGUUAAAUCCUUUGUAUGGAUUGGAUCACACAAACAACAAAUUCUAUACGAAUGUGAAAAACUCCUUUGCCUCAACUGUGGCUACCUAGGACACUCAUCCAGCAAGUGCCUUAAAACCAAUACCCAAAUAAAAGCACAUUUCAUAAAACAAAAAGAAGAUCUGAAGCAAAAAACACAAAAACACAACAUACAAGAAGAACUAGGAAAAGUCAUUCAAAAGGACCUGCUUAAACCAACAGUGGAAGACACAUCAUCGGAGGACUGA